AUGUCCAAGACGUUCACCACUCAAGAGGUCGCCCAGCAUAAGACCGACAAGGACAUGUGGCUCAUUGUCGAGAACGGCGUCUACGACAUCACAGCCUUCCAAUCAGAGCACCCAGGCGGCGAAAAGAUCCUCAAGCGCUUCGCCGGCAAGAACGCGACAAAGGUGUUUUGGAAGUACCACAACGAAAAGGUGCUCGAAAAGUACGGCGGCAAGCUCAAGAUUGGCGAAGUCGCCGAGAGCGCAAAGUUGUAA